GCCGGUUGAACCGGGCAGGAAGGGGCGCGCGGAGGCGGGCGCAGCCGGGCUUUAAAAGUCCUCGCGGGGACGGGUUCGCCUCCGCGCCACCCCACAGCGUCCCCAUGGCCCCCACGGUGCCGCUGCUGGCCCUGCUGGCCCUAGGGCUCGGGGUGGCUUUCCCUGGCUGUGACUACCCGGUCCACCUCUGGUGCAGCUCGCCGGAGAUCACCGUCGCCUGCCAGGCAGAGAGCCGUUGUGCCAACCACACGCGCCCGGCAGCCGCCCCCGUGGAGCUGAGCCUCUUCUACGAGAGCCUGUGUCCGGCGUGCCGCGAGUUCCUGGUCCAGGAGCUCUUCACUGCUUGGCUGCUGCUGCCCACUGAGGCGCUGAGCAUCACCCUGGUGCCUUACGGCAACGCCAAGGAGAAGAACGUCAGUGGGAAGUGGAACUUCCAGUGCCAGCACGGGCCGGAGGAGUGUUUGGGGAACAUGAUCGAGACCUGCCUGAUCCACGAAGCCAAGAACUUCAGCACCUACUUCCCCGUCAUCUUCUGCCUGGAGUCAGGCAGCUCCGUCACCAAGAACCUGGAGGCCUGCCUGCAGGUCUACGCCCCACAGCUGGACCGGCGCCGCCUCACCGCCUGCGUGUGGGGGGACACGGGGGCCGCCCUGAUGCACCACAACGCCCAGCUGACGGAGGCACUCGACCCUCCGCACCAAUACGUCCCCUGGAUCGUCGUCAACGGGAAGCACACGGACGAGCUGCAGGCCCAGGCUCAGGCCUCGCUGCUGGGGCUGGUCUGCCGCCUCUACCAGGGGGAGAAGCCCGAGGCCUGUGGGGGCUCGGGGGCCCUGAAGGCCCUGGCCAGCUGCAGGCGCUGAGGAACGGCGUGGGAGCACCGAGCGAGCGGCAAA